UUCUCGGAAACUCAAUUUUACUUUACUCUCUCUUCUUCUUCUUCUCGCUCAAAUUUUUUUUUUCCACCACCGCCGUCUGAAAUUGGAAACUAACUCCAGAUCUAAACGGAGUAAUCGAUCUUAAGGUUCAAGUGCUAUCAGAUUUUAGUUUAUCAGUUUUCUUCAAGCCAGGUAUGGUUUUGAUUUGUGUUGAUCUUUGAUAUGGAUUUGAUUUUGGAUUCUGAGAUUGUUUCUGGGAAUGCAAUUUUAUGAUAAAAUCGGAUUCGAUGAGAUUAUGUACUUGAUUUGAAUGCCUUUUAACUAGUGAAAAUCUAAGAACUGAGGUACUAGUUAUAGGAACCUGAAGAUCUCUUUCGGUAACUUAUCUGAUUUUUCAAUUUCCAAAACAAACCCUAAUUCCUCAGUAACAAAAGUAGUAGUGAGUGAGGGUAUGACCAUGAGUGUGGAUGGUGAUUCUUCUGGUAGUGAGGAUUUUUCUGCACUGAUUGAUGAAGAACUAGCAGGGAUUUCUUCUGAUUCGGAUAUGUUCGACGACGACGAAGAGGAGCUCCACUGCUCAACUUCUGUAGAACCAGUUGCACAAAGCUCAGAUUUAUCUGUCCACUUGGAGACAUGUGCACAUCCAUCACUUAUUAAAGUAAUGUGUGUAAAAUGUGGGCGGAUGGUGGACAAUGCAUCUGCUGUAGCACUUGGGUACAUACACCAAGAUUUAAAAGUUGACAGUGAUGAACUUGCCAGAUUACGUGACAAGGAUCUCAAAUCGUUGCUCGGCAAGAAAAAGCUAUACUUGGUCCUUGACUUAGAUCACACCCUGCUUAAUUCAACACAUUUUCAUCAUAUCUCACCAGACGAGGAAUAUCUAAAGAGCCAAAUAGAUUCACUUCAUGAUCUUCCAAAUGGAAACCUUUUCAAGUUGGACUCUAUGCGCAUGUUUACAAAGCUGAGGCCCUUUGUACGGACCUUUUUGAAAGAAGCUAGUAACAUGUUUGAGAUGUAUGUAUACACCAUGGGAGAACGCCCUUAUGCAAUGGAAAUGGCUAGGCUACUUGAUCCUGGAAAGAUCUAUUUCGACUCGAGAGAUAUUUCACAAGCUGAUUGCACCCAGAAACAUCAAAAAGGUCUUGAUGUGGUGUUGGGAGCAGAGAGUGCUGUCAUUAUCCUUGACGACACGGAGUACGUCUGGGGGCAGCAUAAAGAAAACCUCAUUCUCGUGGAUAGGUAUCAUUACUUUGCUUCUAGCGGGAGGUCCUUUAACUUGAACAACAGGUCCCUCUCAGAAUUAAAGAGAGAUGAGAGCGAGCCUGAUGGUGCACUUGCAACCAUUCUCGAAGUUCUUAAGCUUAUACAUCACCUGUUUUUUGACUUGGAGCGGGGUGAUGAUCUUAUGAGGAGAGACGUCAGACAGGUGCUUAAGACAGUCCGUAGUGAAGUUUUGAGGGGAUGUCAGUUGGUUUUCAGCCGUGUUUGGAAGAAGGGAGAGCUGGUUGAGAAACAGAGACUUUGGGUGGUUGCAGAGGAGUUGGGAGCCAUCUGCUGUAAAGAGCUCGAUGCAUCUGUCACACACAUUGUCGCUACUGAUUCGGGGACAGAAAAAUCUCGCUGGGCUGUGAAGCAUAAUAAAUUUUUGGUUCUCCCAAGUUGGAUUGAGGCUGCCAAUUUCUUAUGGAAACGUCAACCUGAAGAUAGUUUUGCUGUAAAUGACAGUAAGAAAGAACACUAAACAUGGGGUUCAUCUUUGAAAUAUUUUGAGCAAAUUCGUUAUGCCAUUUGUACAUUCAUAACAAAUGAACACGAAUAUCACAAGUACUUUUGGUUGCAGGGUUACAUUAAUCAAUGUUCAAUACCGAACCUUUAAAAAGAAAAGAGGGGAAGUAUUUAAAGACUUUGAAUUGAUGGUAGUGCAUAUCGUGUGGCUCCUGACAGCAUUACCUAGCAGAAACUGAUAUCUGGAAUGUUGGUGUGACACUGAACAAUCUUCUUAGUAGAGUCCCACCCGCAUGGCAAUGCAAUGUCUUGGUUAUGAAUUAUGUAAAUAGAAAGCAACACAGCGAUUUCCAGUUUUACGUACUAAUGGAUCAGGGAAUAAAAUACUAUAACUUAUUUGUGUUGUUGAAGAAGGUGCUCAAGUUGGUGCGCAUAUUUUUAUCUUAUCUGGGAAUGUUCUUGAACCACACUGGAAACAGCAACAUCAAACAGAUCAUUUGAAGUUGGCAGUAGCAAAAAUAGUUGCUCAUCAUCUCAACCUCUUAUUGUUAGAAAAAUCAGUUUCAUUAUCGCUCAAGAAUACCUCUACGAAAAAGACAUAUCUCUCGUGCUCACUAUCAAGAGGCCUUUGUUAGAACGUAUAGCACGCUGCACAGGUGCACAAAUAGUUCCUUCAAUUGAUCAUCUUUCGUCUCAAAAUCCGGGUUAUUGUGAAGUAUUCAAGGUGGAGAUGUUCUUUGAAGCACAUGGGAGUGCUGGGUAGGGAGAAAAGAAAUUGGUGAAGACACCUAUGUUUCUGAAGGGAGACCCAAGCUAUUGGGUUGUACUGUAAGUCCUGUAACUCAUUACAGUUCAUUUUUCUUAAUUUAUCAAAAUAUUGUCUGGGUCUUGUAGACUUCAAUCCAAUUCAUAAAUUGAGCCUCAUCUAAAGAGCCUACAACCAUUGGAAUCUUUGAUGGGGUUUAUAUGCUUUGAUCAGGAUUAGUGAUAGAUUUUGUAUUGAAAUGUAAUAUCGAGACCAAAUUUUUCUGUGA